AUGAGACUAGCAACAACAUUCUUUUUAAGUUUAAUUGAAGUUCCCACCAAAGAUCUCCAGGUUGUGGCAGGGGACCCUGUAUAUCUACCGUGUGACAUUUCGACGACCGACCCAGGGGAUCAAGUUUUGUUAGUGCUUUGGUAUCGGGAAGACCUCGGGACACCAAUCUACAGUGUGGAUGGUCGGGACCGCGACUUUAGCCUAGCGGAACGUUGGUCUGACGAAAAUGUGUUUGCAAACAGGGCCUACUUCAUGCCGGAAAAGCAGCCAGCGGAGUUGGGAGUCGACCACAUUCGAGAAUCGGACCAGGCAGUCUAUCGAUGUCGGGUCGACUUUAAAGUCGCUCAAACCAGGAACAGCAAAGUCAAUCUAACCGUUAUAGGUAAGUUUGAUAGUUUGCAAAUUGCCCGCGUUAUUGCAGCAAAAUUUCAGAGUUUGUGA